AUGAACACAUCGAUUAUCAGUGGUGAGGAGUACCGAGUAUAUACAGUGGUGCAUCGUGCCUUAGACAUGGAAUGGUUGUUUUGGAGCCUUUCAACACUCGGUGGAGCUAUAUCGGCUAUGGCAGACUACCUCCCGUCAUUUAUUGAUAAGGCAAGAUUAGUGUCAUUCAAGCAGUUGCAUUUAGCAAGCUUCAUUGGUGACCCUGUACUGAUUUCGCGUUGCAAACUGUUUAUAGCUUUGAGCCUGGCUCAGAAAAAUCGGAUAAAAGCUGCCGCAGAUAUAGUGCGGUAA